CCUCUCUCCUUCACACACUCAGCAAAUAUAUAAACACCGAUAGGUCACUCCUUCGUUCGAACCAUCUCACUCCUUAUAAACCUCCGAAGCGCUUCUCUCUCGUCACUUUCUCUCUACUCCGUCUCCAUUACAGGGAAGAAGAAGAAGAAUGAGAGAGAUCCUUCACGUUCAGGGAGGGCAAUGCGGGAACCAGAUUGGUUCCAAGUUCUGGGAGGUCGUGUGCGAGGAGCACGGCAUAGAUCCAACUGGUAGGUACGUUGGAAACACCGAUCUGCAGCUGGAGCGCGUCAAUGUGUACUACAACGAGGCCUCUUGUGGAAGGUUCGUUCCCCGCGCCGUCCUCAUGGACCUUGAGCCCGGCACCAUGGACAGUGUCCGGACCGGUCCUUAUGGUCAGAUUUUUCGCCCUGAUAACUUUGUUUUCGGACAGUCUGGCGCCGGAAACAACUGGGCGAAGGGACACUACACUGAGGGCGCUGAGCUCAUUGACUCUGUUCUUGAUGUUGUUAGGAAGGAGGCUGAGAAUUGUGAUUGCCUUCAAGGGUUUCAGGUGUGCCACUCGCUCGGUGGUGGAACAGGGUCUGGUAUGGGAACCCUGUUGAUCUCUAAGAUCAGGGAGGAGUACCCUGAUAGAAUGAUGUUGACCUUCUCGGUGUUCCCUUCGCCCAAAGUGUCAGAUACUGUGGUGGAGCCUUACAACGCCACUCUCUCUGUUCAUCAGUUGGUUGAGAACGCUGAUGAAUGUAUGGUUCUGGAUAAUGAAGCCCUCUAUGAUAUUUGCUUCAGGACCCUUAAGUUGACCACUCCUAGUUUUGGUGACUUGAACCACCUGAUCUCAGCAACCAUGAGUGGAGUCACUUGCUGCCUUCGAUUCCCCGGUCAACUCAACUCUGACCUCCGAAAAUUGGCUGUAAAUCUCAUUCCAUUCCCCCGACUGCACUUCUUCAUGGUUGGCUUUGCACCCCUCACCUCCCGUGGCUCCCAGCAGUACCGUGCAUUGACAGUCCCGGAACUCACUCAGCAAAUGUGGGAUGCCAAAAACAUGAUGUGUGCCGCUGAUCCAAGGCAUGGUCGUUACCUGACUGCUUCUGCAAUGUUCAGGGGUAAGAUGAGCACUAAAGAAGUGGACGAACAAAUGAUUAAUGUUCAGAAUAAGAAUUCUUCCUACUUUGUUGAAUGGAUCCCGAACAAUGUGAAGUCAAGUGUCUGUGACAUUGCACCGAGGGGACUUUCUAUGGCUUCAACUUUCAUUGGUAACUCAACCUCCAUUCAGGAGAUGUUCAGGAGGGUGAGUGAACAAUUCACUGCCAUGUUUAGGAGGAAAGCUUUCUUGCACUGGUACACUGGUGAAGGCAUGGAUGAAAUGGAAUUCACAGAAGCAGAGAGCAACAUGAAUGAUCUUGUCUCUGAAUACCAGCAGUAUCAGGAUGCAACUGCCGAUGAAGAAGGGGAGUAUGAAGAUGAGGAAGAGGAUCUUGAUAAUCAGAUGUGAAGGGUUUAUAUGAAAUACUAAGCUGAUAUCUCCCUACUUAUUGCAUUAUGCUAUAUGGUGCAUAAGUGUGUUCUCCUACAUUGAAGAUUGUAAUUAGUAGUAUCUUUUGAGGGAAGCUGGUGAUGAAAAGGCUUAUUUUCUUGCUCUGGUCUUGGGAUAUAGAGGUUAAGUGGUAGUGGGAGUUUGGGUACAUGUUUUGUAGUAAUGAUGCGGCACUUAUCUGUUUGUUCUAUAUUGGAGUUGUUUCUUCUUUAUAUCUGGCACAUUGGAUUAUGUUUCUGUAAUAUUUUGCUAUUCAUAUGCAUGACCUUUUCUCUGAA